UCCGGACUCUCUCACUCAUAUCUGUGCGGAGCAGAGCGGGGCAGCAGCGGGCUCUCACUGCGGGGAAAUGAAACACGCUGCGGGUCCCGAAACGGCAACAAACGACGAGCCGGGAACAACCGAACACUUCCUCCUCCUCCUCCUCCUCCUCCUCAUCUCCUUCUUCCUCUUCUUCUACGCUCCUUCUCUGCUCUCUCUGCGGGACGUCACGCACCGUCCGGGAUCAUGUCGUUUCUCCUUUAUCGCCUCUUUGGAUCGCAGCUGAGUGAAAGAGAAAGUCCACACUGGAUGUGAACCUGCGCACUUGUCUUCUUCUUUGAUUUAAAAAACAUCUCUGCACACUUGAUGUCUGAAUAACUCCAAAAAAAGAAAAGAAAAAAAAAGAAGCGACAUUUCUGGGACAGUUGUUCUCGCGUGUUUUUGGAUUUAAUCUCCCUGCCACGAGGAGAUAUGUUGACUUUAUUGGUGAUCAUCUUGGCCGUGCUGUCAGAUGCAGGUCUGUCGGAGGUGUUCCGUGCAGGUGUGGCCCCUCGCUGCGAGAGCCACGCCUGCAACCCUCGCAUGGGUAACUUGGCCCUGGGUCGCCGAGUCCUCACGCAGACCGUCUGCGGCAACAACGGCACCGAGCUCUACUGCUCGUACUCCGACCCGAACGUCAACCUGGCCUGCGACGCCGCCACGUGUGCCAAAUGCAACGCGGGCCUGCCCCACCUCUCCCACCUGGCGGGCGCCAUGUCCGACUCCUCCUUCCGACACCCGAACACCUGGUGGCAGUCGGCGGAGGGGGUGGAGUCCGAGACGGUGCAGCUGGACCUGGAGGCGGAGUUUUACUUCACGCAUCUCAUCCUGGUGUUUCGCUCGCCGAGGCCUGCCGCCAUGACGCUGGAGAGGUCGCAGGACUUCGGGAGGACGUGGAAGAUGCUGCAGUACUUCGCCGGCAACUGCAGCGCCACCUUCGGGCUGGAGGAGGGGAAGGCGGGAGAGGGAUGGGAUAGCGCCACCUGCACGUCUAAAUACUCCGGGACUUAUCCCUGCAACCGUGGAGAGGUGAUCUACCGCACUCUACCAAAGUGGGAGUCAUUGGAUCCUUUUGGGUUGGAGGGCCAGCAGCAGCUGAGGGUGACCAACAUCAGGAUUCGACUUCUGCAGCGACAGGCGUGUCCGUGCCAGGCCAAAGACCCCGCCUCCGCACAGGAAGACCUCCCCACCAGACACUUUGCCAUCUACGACCUGAUAGUGAAGGGAAGCUGCUUCUGCAACGGACACGCCGAGCAGUGUGUUCCUGCGCGGGGAUACCAGCCCAUCAGAGACAGGACCAACCAUGUGGUCCAUGGGAAGUGUGUGUGCAGACACAACACUGCAGGUGAUCACUGCGAGCACUGCGCCCCUCUCUACAACGACCGACCCUGGCAGCCCGCUGACGGACUGACGGGAGCGCCGCACGAAUGUCGGAAGUGCAAAUGCAACGGACACGCUCAGAGCUGCCGGUUUGAUUGGCCGGCAUGGCGCGAGUCCGGCCAGCGCAGCGGAGGCGUGUGCGACUGUCUGCACAACACCGAAGGAGGUCAAUGUGAGAAAUGCAAAGCCGGUUUCUACAGAGACCCUCAGCGUCCACAAACUGCCCCCGACUCCUGUAAAGAGUGCAGCUGCCACCCGUUGGGUUCGAUGCCCUUCCACCUGGCCGACGGCUCUCUCUGCGACCCCUCCAACGGAAACUGCAUCUGUAAACCCGGAGUCGGAGGAACCCAUUGUGACAGGUGCAUGGUGGGAUACUGGGGCUUCCAUGAAUACGGCUGCCGUCCAUGUGAUUGUGCUGGAGACUGUGAUCCGUUCACAGGAGACUGUAUGUUGGGGUCUGAUCUCGACCUGUACAAUUUAGAGGGAAACUCAAGUGAACCGGUCAGGAUCUUCAGAGUCGAUGAACUCUUCUCUGCCCUCCACUACUCAGAGAAGUGUGAGUGCAAAGAGCAAGCCCUGACCAACAGUAAACUCUUCUGCACCAUGAAUUAUGCAUACGUCUUGAAGGUGAAGGUGCUGUCAGCCCAUGAUAAAGGUUCCCACGCUGAGGUGGAAGUCAAAGUUCAGAAAGUGCUCAGCCAGAACACCAAGGUGAAGAUACAGCGAGGUCGGGUCACUCUUUACCCCGAGUCCUGGACCGCACGGGGAUGCACCUGUCCAAUCCUCAACCCAGGGGUUGAGUACCUCGUGGCGGGCCACACGGACCGUAAGCAGGGCCGCCUCCUGGUCAACAUGAAGAGCUUCGUCAAGCCCUGGAAAGCCAGCUUGGGUCGCAAAGUCCUCACACUACUCAAAAAAGACUGCAACUGGUAGAUUGACCAGUAAAAUCACUGGAGGACAGGUUGGACCCGAUGGACAGAAAAGACUGUUAUUUCAAGGAACACAAACGCAGAAAUGUGUGUUUUUCUUGUCCUCCAGUUGUGAAAUACUGAAAUGCAAAAGGUUUGAGGGGCUGAAUUGCGAUGAUUGAAGCCUGUUUGAUAUUUCUGCUGUCGUCCAGUAAGAGCUAGCAACGGACUCCUGUGGGAUAAAAGCACACAAGACAAAUUUUUUAUACAAAAAGACUAAAUCUCUUCCUCUCUGCAGCACUUUAGCCCUAGAUGGACUGAGGGAAUUUGGACACACAAAGAGAGAAAGACUUAACACACACACUCUAAAUGACCCCCUGACAUGGACUGUGGACGGAGCACGUCCAAUCCCUGAUACGCUCCAUACACACAUUUACACACAAAGACAGCAGUUUGUGUGUGUGUGUGUGUGUGUGUGUGUGUGUGCUGCAGAUGUAAUGUGCAAAGCACGCGGAGAGCGACGCUGAACAAGCCAUACAAGCCACUACAGGUGGUUAAACCUUAGCCAGUCCAGGUGUGCCUGUGUUGAAAUCAGAGUGAAUGGGAUUUACCCUGAACGUGAAUGUAUUUGCCUGUUUUUCAAAUGUGUGUGUGUGUUUGUGUGCGAGUGUGUGUGUGUGGGACAGAGAGAGAAAGUGGAUGAAUGCGGAAGUUUAUUACGAGCACAGUCCAGAUUCAGUCCGGCUCUUUCUGUAGAUUUUGUGUAAGCUUUCAAAUACAACCGUUCCAAUGUUUAAAAUGCAGCAUGUUGUGUAUUGAUUCAUCUCAUAUCACAGAUAAAUCCAGAACAUUCUUUGUUAUUGCUUCCUUUGUGCUCUUGUACAGUAUUAUUUGUAUAUAUCUAUAUAAAUAUAAUGUUCUUCUUU